AUGAAAAACGCAUCACCACAAUCAGCAAAUCUGCCAGCUUUAGAUGCAUGGUAUGCGCACCGCCGUACUGUGCCUACUAUCUAUCUCUUCAAGAAACCGACGGAGCAACAAGAUCUUGUUGCGCGACUAACUGAGAGUCUUUCUCAAACACUCGAUGACUUCCCGCGCCUUGUUGGGUCUCUGGAGAGCGUCAAAACUUUAGAUCCCGAGAAGAGUGGGCAGGAGUUCCAGCGAACAAUUGUUAAUUGGGGCAGUUCUAGCGACAGAGCGGUAGAGUUCACUGAGGCACGUACCAGGUCGCGCAUCCGUGGACUCCUUCCACCUGCUACUCUCAACGAAUCGACAUUUCUAUGGGACUAUUCGCCUCUGUCUCUCCGCGGACUGUUUCCAACACCUUGUGCGGAGCCUCCAGGCAUUCGCAUUCAGUUUACGGAAUUCGCAUGUGGUGGAUUCAGUCUGGGUGUCGACUUUGAACAUGGCCUGGCGGAUGGUUAUACGGCGGGAAAAUUCUUAGAGCGCUGGUCGAUGAUUUAUGGCCAAAUGUUCCACAACGAAAGCGAUGCGCUCCCCAAUCCCCCGUCAUGGCAACCAGAAAUAUUCAGCGACCAACUGGUUGAUAUCGAUCUGGAAGCAGAGGGCUCUGCGCUGCUUGAAAAAGCGAAAACCCUUCCGACGCGAGGCCCAUAUCGCCGUACUCUCCAUUCAGACGGCUCCAACGCACAGAGGUCGGAAAUGAUGUUCAACUAUCUGUUACAUGUACCGGCCAUGGAGGUCACGCACAAGCUCGGAGAGCUACAGAAGAAAAGCCCAAUGCGCUUGACUGACCAAGCAGCGCUAAUUGGUUUCUUCUGGGCGUGUCUAAAUCGAGCUCGAGUCCACGCGCAACGUCCGCCCAUCGACCUACACUUAGCAAGCAGCUUCCGUUGGCUUCUGGGCGUACGCGACGGGCUGCUGGGCUCGCCGUUGUUCGUGGUCAUGGUCUCCCCCGAUUCUGAGAGCAACCCUACCAACGCCACCGAUCCAGUGAACCUGGCUGUCAACGUCACAAAGGCUCUCGGUGAAUACGAUGACAGUGCCAUGCACGCAAUCACGUAUGAUGCUAUGUUCACCGACAGUCCCUCACGUGGCUUCAUGCCAAAAGGAGGGGACGAACAUGUGGAACUCAGCUCCGUAGCUCACUUGGGAUACGACAAAUUCCAUAUUGGGCCUCUACGCCCAUCCUUUUAUAUCCCUUCGUCGUCUAUACCCAACCUUUUUGUCUUAACAGAGGCUGUGCCUACUGGCCCUCCUGUCGGUAAUACGUGGUACAAGAACGGGCUUAACUUGUUCUUCAAUGUGACUGAGGAUGUGUUCGAAGCGUUCUCGUCUGAUCCAGCAUUGGCAGAGUGCGAAGUAUACCAGGAUGUUUGA